AGGAGUUUACAGCCAGCUCGCCUCCCUCAUUCGCAGCCCGUGCGCGCCGGGAGCAGCUGGGCCAACACAGGCGCAGCACCCCGGGAUCCCCACACUUCUCCCACCCGGCGCUCCCCCGCCAGCCUAGCAAGGCGGCCCCCAGCCAUGGGCGCCGGCAGCUCCACCGAGCAGCGCAGCCCCGAGCAGCCCGAGGCGGGGAGCCCCGAGCCCGCUGAACCCCAACCCGGAGGAGGCGCCCCCGAGCCGGAGGCGGCGCCCAGCGCGCCGGGGGACCCCGCGAUCCACGGCGCCGGGGACCCCGCCACCAAGGUCUUACAGAAGAACGGCCAGCUAUCCACUGUCAACAGCCUCGCGGAGGAGGGGGAGCUCAGCAUCCAGGAGGACGCCCCAAGUGGCGAGGAGGAUGCGGCCAUUGUCACAGAGGUUGGACAGAGAGGCUCUGAAGAUGUGAGUGAGAGAGACUCAGUGAAGGACAUGGCCACUAACUCACCGGUGACCCAGGACCCCAUGAAGGAAGGGCCAGAGGAGAUGUCAGAGAUCUUGGAGCAGGUCACCCCCUCCGAAGGCAACCUGGAGGGGCUGACGCAGCCCCCCGAGUCCCAGAACAGCGACGUGGGCUUUAAGAAGGUCUUCAAGUUUGUGGGCCUGAAAUUCACGGUGAAGAGGGACAAGAACGACAAGUCCGAUGCCGUCCAGCUGCUCACCGUCAAGAAAGACGAUAUCGAGGCCGCAGCAGAGGGUUCCCAAGGGGCCGGGGACCACCCGGAGCCCACCCCGGGGGGCUUGGAGGCAACAUCCAAAGAAGAGGAACUCAAGCAGUCCACAGAGAAGCCGGAAGAAGAGGAGAUGCCGCCCCAGGAACAGACGAGCGUGGAUACGUCCCUCCCCGCGGAGCCCACCCAGCCGGCUGAGGGAGGCAGAGAUGAGGGUGAAGAGAAGCCAGAGAAGGAGCCCCCCAAGUCUCUCGAGUCCCCCACCAGCCCGCAGGCCAGUGAAACAGCCUCGCCUUUCAAGAAAUUCUUCACCCAGGGCUGGGCGGGCUGGCGCAAGAAGACCAGCUUCAGGAAGCCCAAGGAGGAAGAUCUGGAAACUUCUGAGAAGAAAAAGGAGCCGGAAGCCAAAAGGGUGGAGCAGCAGGAAGAUGAAAAAGGGGGAGAUGCACCCCAGAAACCAGCAGCCGGGGAACCCCCGGCUCCCCCGGCGGCCCCAGGGGGUGUCAACGAGGCCAGGUUAUCAGCCGAGUAUGAGAAGGUAGAGCUGCCUAUAGAUGAGCCUGAGGAGGGGGCUCCCCAAGAAAAAGUGGCCCCCUUAGCCACCGAGGUGUUUGACGAGAAGGUGGAGGUUGUGGCGGACAUCCACGUGAGCACCGUUGAGCAGAGCCAGGACGGGGAGGAGGCAGCCCAGCUGCAGGACAGAACAGACGAGAGGCCCCAGGAUGCAGAACAUGCUGAAAAAGAGGAGAAGCAGGAGGAAGAGAAGAUACAAGAAGCCAGUGGCUCCGGAGGGGACCGCUCCUCCCCCCCUGAGCUCAGCCCCGAUGAAGGAGGAGGCCCCCCUGUCCCCCCAGAAGGCGUCCUCAGCGAAGCCGAGAUGCUGUCGUCGCAGGAGAGGACCAAGGCGCAAGGCAGCCCCUUGAAGAAGCUGUUCACCAGCUCGGGCCUGAAGAAGCUCUCGGCCAAGAAGCAGAAAGGCAAGGGAGGAGGAGGAGGAGGAGCAGAGGAGGAGGCCGGGGAGCACCAGCCGACCCCCGAGUCCCCCGACAGCCCCGAAGAGCAGCAAGGUGACAGCUCCGCCUCAUCCCCCGAGGAGCCCGAGGAGCCCACCUCUCCGGAGAAGGGUGCGGUGGAAGGGCCCCCAGACCCCGAGGCCCAGGAGGGGCCCCCGUCGGAGGGGGAGAAAAAGCGAGAAGGAAUUACCCCCUGGGCCUCCUUCAAGAAGAUGGUGACGCCCAAGAAGCGUCUGAGGAGGCCCUCGGACAGCGACAGGGAGGAGGAGCUGGACAGGGUAAAGAGUGCCACCCUGUCCUCGGCGGAGAGCGCCACCUCAGAGCUGCACGACGAGGCCCGAGGGGCCGCCGAGGAGCCCAAGCGCAGGGUGGACACGUCGGUGUCCUGGGAGGCCUUGAUCUGCGUGGGAUCAUCCAAGAAGAGGGCCAGGAAAGCCUCUUCCUCCGACGAGGACGAGGGGCCCAAAGCCACCACAGGGGACGUCCAGAAAACAGAUGACUCGGCAGGGAAAGACAAGGAGGCUGGAGCAGAAGUCCCGGCUGCUGCGGGUCCCCAAGAACUGGACGCCGGGCCGGGCAGUCCCUCCUCCGAGCAGGCGGGGAGCCCCUCCGAUGGGGAGGGUGUCUCCACCUGGGAGUCUUUUAAGCGUCUGGUCACCCCCAGGAAGAAAUCCAAGUCCAAGUUGGAAGAAAAGCACGAGGAACCCGCCCCGGGCUCUGGGAUCGAAACUCUGGCCCCAGAUGCGGAAGCCAGUGGAGGCAGAGAGGAGGCUUGGGUCUCUAUCAAGAAACUGAUUCCUGGACGCAAGAAGAAGCGACACGAGGGGAAGCCAGAACAGGCCUCUGUGGGAAGCCCCCGGGAUGUCCCCGAGGAGGACUCAGAUGUCCCCGCCGUGGUCCCCCUGUCUGAGUUUGACGCUGUGGAGAGGGAGAAGGUGGAGGCGCAGGAGGCCGCCCAGAGCGAGGAGGAGAGGCCUGCGCCCUCGGGGGCCGUGCACGUGUCCGAGGAGUUGAGCCAGAGCCUGGUGCACACCGUCAGGGUGGCCGUCAUCGAUGGUGCCAAGGUUGUCACUGACAUGGAGGAAAGGUCACCCUCCUGGAUCUCCACCUCGGUGACGGGACCCCUGGAGCAAGAAGACGAGGAAGCAGCCACACCUGCCCCGGAGCAGGUUGCCGAAGGGGGCGAGGUCACCACAGAGGCGUGUCCCAGCGCCACCCUGCCCGAGAGCAGGGACGCCAGCCGGGACACGCUGGCCAGCGAGGUGGAGGUCACCUCUGAGGCCGUGACGGCUGUCGAGACCACUGGGGCCUCGGGCGCAGAAGAGACCAUGGACAUGGUGUCGGCUGUUUCCCAGCUGACCGAGUCCCCGGCCACCACGGAGGAGGCCACACCGGUUCAGGAGGCCGAGGGUGGCCCAGUGGACCAGGCCACGCUGGAGAGGCACACGCAGGCCGUCCUCCAGGCUGUGGUGGAGAAAGUCAGUGGUGAGUCCCUGCCCCGGGGGCCAGGAGACACAGCAUCGAAAAGACCAGAAGGGGCAGAGGAAGCAGAGUGGGGCCAGCCAGCACAAGAGGAGGAACAAGAGGGGCUACGAGCCCCCCCGGAAAGCCAGGGGAUAGUCCUUCCUUCUGACACUGAGCCUGGGGAGUCCACUGGGCUUCGAACCUCCCACCCAGCUGAUGAAGACACAGCUGGGGCCAAGUCAGAGAUGGUUCUGGAACAAGGCACCACUGCCCCCGACUCAUCCGAGACCCUCACAGACAGCGAGACCAAUGAGAGCACCCCAGUAACGGAGUUUGAGGCUGUCGGUGCACUUCAGCAAGACAGGGUCACAGACACCCCCAGAGAUGAUGAGACCGUCACUUCUGCCUCAGAGUCGAAGGUUCCCGAAGGAGAGACAGCUCCUGCUUCAAGUGAGACACCCCCGGCACCUUCCAGCCCACAGUCCCCAGGGGAAGAUAAAGACUGUUCAAAGCCAGAAGAGGCUCUUGAGCAUCCGGAUGGAAAGGCCCUCUCAAAAACGGAGGUGGUUCUAGGAAGUGGCCCAGGUGCCGAUGACAAAACCCAAGACGUCCCAGCAGCCGGAGAACACACAGGAUCUACAGAUGGGGUCGGGCAGAAAACACUGCCUGCAGCUGCCCUGAGAGACCAAACUGCUGAAGAAGCCGAGGGUGAAGGUGCUGCCCUGUGUCGCCCUGAGCCAGUGGUGGCCCCCAUGGAGAGAGGGGUGGCAGAAGCUAAAGCAGAAAGGGCCAGGAGCGAGGCAGAACCAGGGCAGCCCCCAGCUCUCGCUGAAUCCAGAAAACCCAGCCAGGCAAAACUGAGCUUCACCGACGGCACGAAGGGAGGCCUCAGUUUGGAAGAAAGCCCAUCUCUGGCUCAAGAGGAAACAGCAGGCACCGCACUUCAGAGCUCUGAAAUGCCCCCAGCUGCAGGCACAGAAGAGAAGGACGGAGGGGAAACGGUUGGGCGUUUAGGAGCACCUGAACUUCUCGCAUCUGUAGGCGCACCUUUAGUCCAGACCGAAAAAGUGGCCGAAAGAAUCGAAGACAGUACAGUUCCGCCAGAGGAGAGGGCUGUGGCCGCAGAGACUGAGUCCCUGGCAGCAGCAGUACCCGCCGAACAAGGCAUCCGCCCUGAGUCAGAAGGAGAUAAAACCCCGAGGCAGUGUGAUGGAAGUGCCCAGAAGGCUGUGGGCCAGGAAAUCAUCCAGGCGAAUGAAACGAGAAAGACUGGAGAUGAGGGCUCGCCCAUUGAGGCCGAGAGCAGUAAGCUUGUGGAGAGUGUCAUCCAGACCGUUGUGGAGGGGUUAGUGAGUGGAGAAGGGACCGCUCCAAAGGUCCCCCAGGAGUCCGGACCGCUGGCCAGCGACAAAGAAACAGCCCCGAAGACUGAAAUGGAGGAAGAGACACACGCUCCGGCAGCCACCAAGGAACUGAUCGCUUCAGACGUGUCCAAAGAGGAGAGCGACGCUUCAGAAAAGACGGCCCUUGGCGAGGGGGUGAAGAGUUGGGGCGUGGAAGAUCGGCCGGUUGAAGAGGCUGGAGAAGCAGCUAGAACAGAGUCAGUGCCAGAAGACGCUGCUGUCGAUGGUGGUUCGGGAGGAGAGAAGUCACUCUUGGAAUCCCCCAGAGAUAGAAAGGAUGAGGUUGUUGAUUGCUCUGAGAACCCAAAGCCAGCUCUGGCAGAUUCUGAGACUUCAGGAAGCUUCACCAAAGAGUCCCCAGAUACCAAUGGACCGAAACUGACAGAGAAGGAAGGCAGUCAGGAGGGAAAAUUUUUAGAAGGAAAAGAGGAGAGCAGUGAGUCAGAGAAAGAGCUCACAGCUGAAGUGCAAGAGGAGACGAGCCAGAACUGAAAGGCUCCCAAGAGAAAAAUCUCACCUGGACCAGAAUGUGAAGAAGAUGCUUUGCGGAAGAUGACAGUUGCUGCUCCUAAGACUCAAGACCCCAACCUCAGAACUCGGCAAACCGAAGAACCCAGCUGUGGAGCUCUUGUCCAGAAAUAACUCCUGACAAUCCUGAAACGCCAUCAGGAGCGACAGCCAUUAACAGAACCCCUCUCGCUUUCCCUCCACCCUCUCAUAGAAUGUUCUCCACAUAAGGGUCCAAGUUCCUAACCUAGAACUGGAGUUGGCUUUACCUUCCUGCUUUCUCGAACUGGAUUAUCUGCCUCUAUGUAUUUAUAUAUAUGUUUUAAGUACUCCUCCUCUGGUCUCGAUGGUCUAUUUCCCCCCCCCCAACAUUUAAGGAAAUACGCAAGGUAGUUUAUGUCCCUUUUGUACCACACAACCCUGGGAAGCCACCAGCCUCAGUUAGAACCUGGGAACACAGAGCUUCCUACAUCAAACAUUCCUGUCCAGAAGUGCAAGUCCAGUCUUUAAAAGUCGCUGAUGAUCAGACCAGUGUUUAGUAUAAUACUAAAAUGGGUCACUUACCUCCACGGUGAGCUAAAAAUAAAAGUCAAUAAUACACCCCUACCCCCAAUUGGAAACAUCCAGAAUGUUCCAUUGUUACUGUGAAAUGUUUCUUUCUGGUUCCUCGGAGGGAAAGUUUUUGUUGUUGUUGUUGUUGUUGGUUUUUUUCAGUUUCAGAGUAACUUGUUUUUCUCCCUCUCCUAAUUAUUAUAGUGGCAAAUUGAAUAAUUGUCUUUCUUGUUCUCAAGCAAAGAAAUAACCGUGUCAGAUAUCCAUCUCUACUCUUCUGUGCCUGACCACACUCACACACCAUGCGAGAUCAGCCACAUUCUUUGCAGACCGUAUUUUGAUAGACUCUAGACCAAGCCAGUGCGCUCUUUGUACCCACCCUUUUAAGAACAAGUUUGCAUUAUGUUCCUUUGGGAUAAACUGUGGUUUGACAUCUGAUUUCAAUAAAAGACUUGCUUCACUUAGA